AUGUUCAGUGUAGAAUGGAAAUCUAUUGAAAUAAAGAAAAGCAGUUUAUCAAACUCAGCAUAUAUUAUUAAUAAGUAUACAUCACAGACUUCAUUGUUAUCCCCUAAAAGGCUGAGAAUAUCUGGAGAAAUUUCACCUGAUAGAGAAUUGAAAUAUCGUAAAUUCAGAAAUCAAAGUCCACCAUAUGAUAUUUCAUUAACUGAUACCCGUAGUCUUCAAGCUGCUUCCACUUCUCCCUCGUCUCCUUCUUCUUGUUCGUCAAGUAAUGAAGAAAUUUAUACAAAGACUGGAUAUGUUGAAAGUUAUGUACACAGUGAACGUAGUGGUUCACCAUCUCUUGUACGAUUUACAGAAAAUGUGUACAUACGUGAAGAAGACGAUGAUGGUGAUGAUGAUGAUAUUAGAUCGCCUAAUGAAUCCCGAUCGACAAUAAAAACAUCAGGUCAUUAUAUUUCCUAUUUGUCAGAGAUAUUUGAAACUGUUCAAAAGUAUAAAUUAAUUCUGACAAUCUCUGUUUUAAUAUUGAUUUCAUUUUAUACACUAUGUAAGUAUUAUGAUUCUUCCCUUUUUACAACGUUCUUUUCUUCGUCUACUGCUUCUUCUGAAGAGUCGCUUUCAUUAUCUGUGCGAAAAAAUCGAUCACAAAAAUUGAUAAAGCAGUUAUCUCAAGAAUAUAAUGAUCAACCAAAACGUAUUUGGGCUCAGAUUCGUUCAGCUUUAGAGUCACCUCAACUGUAUGAAUCUACUUCUGUGAACGGUAGAAUUCCUCCGAUAGUUCUACUUUUAGUGAAUCGUUGUGUACAGUCUGUUAAUGGUGGAGUUCCCUGUACUACAUCUAAUUCUGAUCAUGAUGGGGAUAACAAUAAAAGCAAUACUUUAUUUCAAUGUUUCAUUUCACGUCUUAGCCAGUUAAUCAAUAGUGAAUACUUGUUGUUGAAAAGUUCAAAGUCAUGUUCAACUCUAGGAGCUUAUCCGUUAACCUCUUUAAAUGAUAAACACAAGAUUGACCAAAUAAAGUUGGAUUUAGAUAAUCAAUUAAUUGAUUUGUACAAAUCUGGUGCACGUUGUUUUCACUUCACUUCAAUUGAUCGAUUACCAGCUAAGAUAAUUCCAUUAUUCCAUGGUUAUACAGACGUUGAGAAUUCGAUAUAUUCCAAUGCUAUUCUAUUGAUAAGUUUAUCAAAAACAUUUGUAAUUAGUUCACCACAGAAUUGUACAAAACGAUCUGAACAUAUACUGCCUGGUUGUCAAACACCUGGUCAAUUCGAGCAUCAUGUCAAUAAAUAUUUACGGUCUCUGUGGAAUAAACAUUUGGGCAGUGAAGAAGUUGAUGCGUUGAUCUCUCGUCUAACUUUAAAUACGAUAGUUUUUCAUACAUUUACUGAUCAUUUAGACAUAAAUUCAAUCUGUUCUAGUUAA